AUGUUGUGCGUGGUGAUCAAGGCCACACAGUUGACUCAGCUGGGCCCUGAGGCCCAAGUGCGGCUCCUGGUUCACAAACGCUAUAGUAAUAUCACGCAGAGGAACGACAUUUCCUUGCUGGAAUUGGACCAGCCUGUCCAGUGCAGCUACUCCAUCCAGCUUGCCUGCGUGCCCGACACCUCACUGAGACUGUCAGAGCUGACAACCUGCUACAUCAGUGGCUGGGGUUCCACGACUGAAAGAUCUGGAGGAUCGACUGAUGUCCUGCAGGAGGCCAAGGUCCGCCUCAUUGAUGUCAACCUCUGCAACAGCAGCGGGUGGUACAGAGGGGCCAUCCACACCCACAACCUGUGUGCUGGCUAUGCGCAGGGUGGCAUCGACGCCUGCCAGGGUGACAGCGGUGGUCCUCUCGUCUGCAAAGAUAACAAUGCAGACUACUUCUGGCUUAUUGGAGUGACCAGCUGGGGGAAAGGGUGAGUGAGAGCAAGACAGCCCGGAGUCUACCCCUCCACUCGGCACUUUUACGACCGAAUCCUGCUACAGAUGGGACUGCGCCCAGCAGUAACGGCUACUGCAACACCACAGCCAGUCUUCACCUACACCCCCUUCCAGAGGCCAAGGCCUAUACCAACACAAUCGGGCAGUUUUACACCCUGCCUAUUUCCACUCCAGAAGCUGGUGCAAUUCUUUAAUCUUCUGCGGGAGCUCCUGCAGGUCCUAACGGGAAUAAAGGCUUGA